GUGAGAUGACGAUCAUGUUGCAUGACGUCGAGGCCAUCCUUGGGAUUCCCGUAGAGGGAAACCGAGCAUCUGUUGUCACAGAUGCGGAUCAGGCAGAUUUAUUGGCGGAGCUGUUGGCGGUGGAUAGGGCUGCGCUGUACACAGCGGCACUUGGUGUGUGGGAUCACGGCGGUGUUAAGAUCGCAGCAGUUUUGCAGCGAUGUUUGCACCCCACUUCACGUAGGACGCAGGACACACAGCUGGCUGCAUAUGUUUUUCUUCUUCUCGGGUGUACCUUGUUUCCGGAUAAGAGCGGAAACAAGCUCAGGCCACGCGACAUAGUUGACGCGUGUGAGCCCGACAGAGUAGGCCAGUUUUCUUGGGGGUCGGCUACAUUAGCGUACAUGUAUCGCCAGUUAGGAUUCUCGAGCCGGGCUGAUGCGGCAGGUAUCACUGGAUGUAUGACGUUGUUACAGACGUGGAUAUACGAGUAUUUCCCGGCGUUUCGACCACACCGCGACCCGGUUCCUAUUGGGGAUGGCCAGCCACGUGCCUGUGCGUGGAGUCCGCGUGUCGAGAAGAAGUCCAUUGACCGCCUGCGAUCGAUACGGUUAUUGCUUGACAGGAUGUCCCCAUUAGAGGUGAACUGGAUGCCUUUCGGCCAGAACCCUAGUAAUAGGGUACCCAGGACCCUCUACACGGGACUGAUUCAGUAUCGUGAGAUCGUAGAGGCGUACAUGCCGCAGCGCUGUCUUCGCCAGCUUGGAUAUGUCCAAGUUGUUCCUCCUCCACCAGCAUGGCCCAGUAAGGCCGUCCGAUCUGCGUCGUCGAAGGAGUACGUCGUCCAAUGGCCGGCAAGCAUGAUUGGCACGUGGGAGCAAUUUCCGAUGGUUGCCCGCAUAUGGAUUGAGCAGCUGCAACGGCCGCCAACUGGGGUGGCUGCCAUGUGUGACCAGCACUACAUGGAGUGGUACAACCGGCACUCGCACCCGAGGUUGAUCAGAGACGUCCACCACGGCGACGACGCCGAUGAUGAUGAUGUGCCACCGCCCACUGCCGUGGAUGCGUGGAUGGGAAAGAUGACGCAGUUGGGACACAGACUUUUUGAGGAGAGGGACAACAUGACGACUGCAACAGGCAGAGCUGUUAUUGAUGAACUGGAACGGGCCCUUGAGCAGUGGCAGUGGGUGUCACAGAGAGAUUAUUGAUAUGUCGGCAGUGCAUUUAUAUAACAUUUUCCUAGUUGUUUGUAAAAGUUAACAUUAUCUAUUCUUAUAAUUAUUAUUUUAAGUUCUUAGAAUUUGACAUUAUAUUUUUAGUUUUUAUA